AUGGCUGAAGCUCUUGUUUCCAUAGCCUUGGAACAGCUGGCUUCAUUCAUUAAUCAACAGGCGAGAGGAGGGAUAAGCUUGAUUGUGGGUGCUAAGCAAGAAAUUGCAAAGCUUCAAAGCAACUUCCUGUCCAUUCAAGCUCUGCUUGCUGAUGCUGAGAACCGACAGGUGAAGGAGAAUGCUGUGAGAAUAUGGUUAGAGAAGCUCAAAGAUGUGUCCUAUGACAUAGAUGAUGUCUUGGACGAGUGGAACACGAAGUUUCUGAAAUUACAAAUUAAAAGAGCUAAAGAUGCUUCUAAGCCUUUGAAAAAGGUAUGUUCUCUCGUUCUCUUUUAUCUCAGUUGUAAGCCAUUGGUUAUGCGUUGCGAAAUUGCUGUCAAUAUAAAAGAUCUCAAUAGAAAACUAGAUAUUAUUGUUAUGGAGAGAGAGAGGUUUCAGUUUAGAACAAUCGUCGAGGGUAGCAAAGAAGAAGAACGACCAAUGACAACCUCUUUUUUUGAUUUAAAAGAGGUUCAUGGAAGAGAUAAUGAUAAGAAUUCACUAGUCGAUUUGCUUUUGAGUCAAAGUAGUCAACAACAAGUCCUUCCCAUAAUCUCUAUAAUAGGGAUGGGAGGAAUCGGCAAGACAACUCUUGCUCGAUUAGUUUUUAAUGAUGAUAAGGUGAACACCCAUUUUGAUAAAAAAAUAUGGGUGUGUGUUUCUGAGCCUUUUGAUGAGCUUAGGAUUGCAAAAGCAAUCCUUGAAUCUUUUGAUAAGAAAUCAAACUUAGGUGAACUAGAAAGCAUAAUGCAAGAGAUUCAUCAACAUAUCAAGAGAAAUAAGUUUCUUCUUGUAUUAGAUGAUGUAUGGACUGACAAUCCUGAUAAUUGGGAAAAUUUGAAACGUACUCUAAAAUGUGGAUCUUUAGAAAGUAGAAUUUUGGUGACCACACGUAAUGAGAAUGUUGCAAAUGCCAUUGGAACCACCAACACAAUCUUACUAGGAAUACUUCCUGACGAGGAAUGUUGGUCAUUGUUUUGUCAACUUGCAUUUUCUGGAAAAAUCCAUAAAGAGUUUGAAGAUAUUGGUAAAAAGAUUAUUCAAAAGUGUAACGGCUUGCCUCUUGCUGUAAAGACUUUAGGUAGUCUUUUGCGCUUCAAAAGAAAAUUUGAAGAGUGGGAAAAUAUCUCAAAUAGUAAAAUAUGGGAAUUGAAAGAGGUGGAACAAAGGAUUUUUCCACCUCUAUUGUUUAGCUAUUAUGAUUUGUCCUCUAUAUUGAAGAAGUGUUUCUCAUAUUGUGCUAUUUUUCCAAAGGAUUAUGUAAUAGAGAAAGAUGUAUUGAUCAAGUUAUGGAUGGCACAAGGUUAUUUAAAGUCAAAAGACUCAAAAAAGGAUAUGGAGUUAGUUGGUGAAGAGUAUUUCAAAUCUUUGGCAAUGCGUUCUUUCUUUCAAGAUUUUCAAAAAGAUGAUGAUGAUAUUGAUAUAAAUUCUUGUAAGAUGCAUGAUAUAGUACAUGAUUUUGCUCAAUUUCUUACCCAAAAUGAAUGUUAUACAAUAGAGGUUGAUGGUAGAGGAGAAAUUGAAUUAGAAUCUUCUUAUGUUAAAGUUAGACAUUCAAUGAUAAAGAUUCAAAGAGGAGCCUCAUUUCCUAGCUCUAUUUAUACUAGAAAUACUUUUCUACGUAGUCUUGUGGUUGAUUGUAAUUACGAUCCUGACCUUAAGAUAGUUUUGUCCAAAUUAAUUGAUCAGUUUAACAUUGUCUAA